AUGUUCCGCCGGCUUCUCAUCGUUGUUUUCUGCUUUGCCUGCCUUUCGGCAGUCACCGCUCAGCGGUUUUUGUACAAUUCAAAGUUCCAACCAUCUUUCAAUGAUGGAUCUUCCAUGAACCGACUCGGUGAGUUUGCCGAUUAUAUGCCCGCCAAACGGGCUUUCUCCUUCCAAGCGGCUCGUGGAAAGAAAAGCAUGAAUGGAGAGAAAAGAUACUCAUACUUCCCUUCUCGUGGAUGA